CUAAUAACCUACUCUCACCCAAACAGGAUCAUUGAAAACAUGGAAACAGGAAACCAAACAGCUGUCACAGAAUUCUUCCUCUUGGGCCUUUCACAGGAUCCAGAACUGCAGCCUUUUCUCUUUGGAAUGUUCCUGACCAUGUACCUGAUCACUGUGUCUGGGAACCUGCUCAUCAUCCUGGCCAUCAGCUCAGACUCCCGCCUCCACACCCCCAUGUACUUCUUCCUCUCCAACUUGUCCUUCACUGACAUCUGUUUCUGCACCACCACAAUCUUUAAGAUGCUGGUGAACAUCCAGACUCAGAGUAAAUCUAUCAGUUACACAGGCUGCCUCACCCAGAUCUGCUUUGUGUUGAUUUUUGCUUGUUUGGAAAAUUGUCUCCUUGCGGUAAUGGCCUAUGAUCGCUAUGUGGCCAUUUGUCAUCCACUGAGGUAUAUGGCCAUCAUCAACCCCCGCCUCUGUGGCCUGCUGAUUCUACUUUCCUUAUCCAUUAGCAUUAUGAAUGCCCUGCUCCACAGUUUGAUGACGUUGUGUCUGUCCUUCUGCACAGACCUGGAAAUUCCCCAGUUUUUCUGUGAACUCUCUCAGGUCCUCAGGCUUGCCUGUUCUGAUACCCUCUUCAAUAAUAUAGUGCUAUAUUUGAUGACUAGCAUUUUGGGUGUUGGACCCUUUCUUGGGAUUAUUUUCUCUUACCUGAAAAUUGUCUCUUCUCUCUUAAAAAUGCCAUCAACAGGUGGAAGGUAUAAAGCUUUUUCUACCUGUGGGUCUCACCUCUCUGUUGUUUCCUUAUUCUAUGGGACUGGUUUUGGCGUCUAUCUUAGCACUGCAGCUACUCUCUCUUCUCAAAAGAGUGCAAUUGCCUCAGUGAUGUACACCGUGGUCACACCUUUGCUGAACCCUUUCAUCUAUAGUUUGAGGAACAAGGACAUGAUGGCUGCUUUGAGUAAACUCAUCUUGAGAAUGUGUUCUUUCCAUUAA